GGACACUUCCGCAGGCGGUGCUUCCGGGUCGCGGCGCGGCCCAGCGCUCACCGGUCUGCGGCAUCCUCCGGACCCGGAAGCGGCUGUCCCGGCCCGCCGGCGGCGGAGGUAGGCGGCGCCCGGCCCGGCCCCGCUGAGCGGCUCGGCGGGUGAAGCCUGUACAUAUGUCCAUGAAACAAGAUGGAAAGAAGAUAGUAUAGUGAAGUGUUGGACUGGUGUUGGAUGGACAGAAUGGCUUUCCUGGACAACCCUACAAUUAUACUUGCUCAUAUUCGGCAGUCACACGUGACCAGUGAUGACACAGGGAUGUGUGAAAUGGUCCUGAUAGAUCACGAUGUUGACCUGGAGAAAUUCAAUCCCUCGUCAGCAUACGGGGACAGUGGUUCAGAAACACAGGGAAGCAAUGGUGAGACUCAGGGCUAUGUAUAUUCCCAAUCAGUCGAUAUUACCUCAAGCUGGGACUUUGGAAUCAGAAGACGAUCAAACACAGCUCAGAGACUAGAACGUCUGCGGAAAGAGAGACAAAAUCAAAUAAAAUGCAAAAACGUUCAGUGGAAAGACAGAAAUACUUCUUAUUCAGCAGAGGAGCUGAGCUCGCUAUUUGAGAAAAAGAAUUUCCGAGUGAAAUCUCCGUGUUCUGGGAAGCAGUCAAUCCUGUCUGUGCGACUGGAGCAGUGUCCGCUGCAGCUGAAUAACCCCUUCAACGAGUACUCAAAGUUUGACGGCAAGGGUCAUGUUGGUACAACGGCAACCAAAAAAAUUGAUGUCUACCUCCCACUGCACACAAGCCAAGACAAACUACAGCCCAUGACAGUUGUGACGAUAGCAAAUGCCAAGGUGCAUGACCUGAUUGGACUAAUAUGCUGGCAAUAUACAAGUGAGGGACGGGAACCAAAACUGAACGACAAUGUCAAUGCCUACUGCCUCCAUAUUGCCGAGGAUGACGGCGAGGUUGACACAGAUUUUCCACCCUUGGAUUCCAAUGAGCCCAUUCACAAGUUUGGCUUCAGCACUCUGGCACUGGUUGAAAAGUACUCUUCCCCUGGCCUGGCAGCCAAACAGUCGCUCUUUGUGCGCAUAAAUGCUGCUCAUGGAUUCUCACUUAUUCAGGUGGACAGUAUGAAGGUCACCAUGAAGGAUAUCUUACAAAAGGCCUUAAAGAGAAGGAAGGGAUCACAGAGAGGCUCAGGAAGACUUUGAGUUGGACCAAGGGAAGCACAGAUGAAGUGCAGAGUGCCUUAUGUUCAGACACCACAGCACGGCUGAGCCUGGGUCUGACAGCAUCCCACAAUGUGCAGCAGGCAAGUUGAUCUUAUCAGGCUUUUUAUAUCUGCACUAAAGCCCGCAUUCAAUAUUUUCUGUAAAAUAUGCUUGCAUGGCUUACAAUGUUAAGAACAUAAGAAAGAUGAUGACUUCAUUCUUGAUACUUUGUGUAUCUUGAUGCCAUGGUGAUUCUCAAGUCAAAUACGUGCGGGAACGACAUACACACUUGAAAGUUAUCUUCCUCGCCUUUGAGCUAUCUCAUUCCCUUUGCUCUUCAGCAGAUACAUUCUGUGGGAUGCCAGUUGCCUUUUCCUCUAGAGCUUGACUGAAUGGACUAUUAAUACUAAUAUAAAGUAAAUAAGAAUACAGAGGGAAUGUGUACAGAGGCUUUGUUUUCAAACAAAUUAGGCAUUGAUGUCAGUAUACGAAAACCGAAUGUGCUUUGAAGGAAAUUAGAGACAAAAGUAAACAGUGUAAAAUGCUGAAAUGUUAGAAUGAUCCCGCCUGUUUCUGGUCCAUGUCAGCCUCUCUUCAUCUGGAAUUUCUUGUGAACAGAGAAGCCUUGUCUGAUUAAUCUUGUCUGAUUUUAAGGAGGAAUUCUUUGCAGGGUGAACAUGCUACCGAUGGUUAUUUAAUAGCUGCUUCAGACUGCGAACGUCCAUGGCCCAGAAACACUCAGUCCUUUUAAGAACAAAAUGCUAUACAAGUUUAAUUGUUAUAAACAAUACCUUCUGCCAACAUUUCUCAGACAUGACCUGUAUUUUCCAUAGGUUAGAGUGAGUUAUUAACUUAGUAUUCUGUUCAGCUUGGAGAAAGACUAAUACUUUUCCUAUAAAUGAAAACAGCUGCUUUACAAUAACAUUCAAGUCCCUAACAGCUGUCAACCAGUGCUUUUUGCAUUCUUUAAAAUGUGUAAAGUGACCAAAAAUAGUCUGAAAUAAUCUUACUAGUCUGGAUACAUGUAUUAUCUCACUGCCACAGGAAGCUGAAUAAUAUGGAGAGGGAGAAAUCCAAGGAACAGGAAUAGGACCCAAAAAUAAGUCUCCAUAUCAUGUUUUUGUUUCUACGACAGAAUCAAAGCUGCACAGGCCACUUAAAAUAAUCUGUUCCUCCACCAGGUAACGCAGAGCAGAAUCUCUUACAAAAGCAUGUUUUGUAAUGGUGUAUUAUUCCUGAGUUUUGGAUUUGUUCGCACAGAGCUGUUAAGUUAUCCCUUAGAACUUGCAGAACGGAAGCUCAAAAUAAAGAGCUGCAUGAGGCUCAUCUUCCAUUCGGAAAGCAGCCAGGACACAGAGAUCUGAGUUUUGUUUGAAAAUUCAUUUUCCAACAAAACAGUCUCAGCACCACUUUUAACUUCAAAUCCCUUAAACAGGCUUUCUGAAGCUGUUUAUAAACACGUUUUACCCAAAACUUACAUAGGACAAAAGCACAAACAGCACUGCAAAGAUGCUCCUUGAGUGAAAACCCACUUACUGUCAAGCACCCCGCCAGGCCCACGGGAAAUCAUGCGGAUGCUGCAAUGCUGACGGUUUUCAUUUAAACCUGUCCCACAGUUUUCCUGUUCCUGGAGUAUCUCAGCAGAUAUGUUUGUAAAUACUUGGUCUUGCUGCUGUGGUGCUGGAUUUCAUUUGUCUUGCU